AUGCGAGGAGGUGCCAAGCGAGUUGGCGGUUCACCUGAUGUGAUAGCGGCUCGGAGCGAGGACGAUUUCUGGUCUACCUUCAACCUGUACUAUAUGACGAGGGCGGAUUCCGUAGCGGGUGGUGAUGAAGCGAACGGUGAUGGAGGUGAUGACAGCGGUGAUAGGUGCCCUGAGGAGUGGAAGGCGGAUGGGAGCGAGGCGGCCGCUUUCAGUUCAGAGCUUUCCACUGAUGGAAUUGUAAAAUUAUUAAAAAUGUUCAUACGCAUUUUAAUUGUGACUACGGCGCAGUUGCCAAGUCGCAGGCAUCGAGAGGAAUCGCCCGAAGAAGACGUCUCCACGCAGAGCCGGCGGCGGCACGAGGCGCAGAACGCCUUCAUGAACGAGCUGCUCGACCAAUGGGAGUUGAUAUUCGGCCCGCCGCCGAAGCACCACGCGAAGAGCCAAUGGCUGCUGUUGGACGAGGCGGCGCUGCUCGCGGCCGCGCAGCCGGCGGGCGGCGAGGGCGGAGCGGGGCGGGGGCGGGGGCGGGGGCGGGGGCGGGGGGGGGGCGGGGGCGGGGGCGGGGGCGGGGGCGGGGGCGGGGGCGGGAGCGGGGGCGGGAGCGGGCGCCGCUUGCACGCGCCGCUCCGCUCUGUUGACGGCGGCGCUCAAGUUCGCGGCGGACUGCGCGCACGGCGCCCUGCUGCAGCGCUGCUCGCGUCUGAGCGAGGUGGGCCACGAAACGCGAGGCGUCUCGGUGCGAAACGAUCGGGCUGCGAAACGCGGGGCGAU